AUGGGAACAAGACAGUCCAACGUUGCACAAACGUACUCUCUUAACAAGGAUAUGUUCUACGACUUCGAGGUCAUUGAUUUCAAAACUUCAAAGUACCGUUUCAAGGUCAACGGCUCAAAUUUGUUUGGUAUAGAGCCUAUGGACGCCGAUUCGCAAGAUGAUGCUUUUGAGACUCGGGUGGCUAAACAAAUCCAAUCAGAUACAUUUGAAAAGACUUCAGAUGUUUCUAUUCAGAACAAAAAUGCUGAUAAAUGUACCGACAAACAAACAAGUGGCGCAUCACCUCCAGUUCAAGACCAAACACUUGGAUUAGAGAGCUAUUCUCCAGAAGUUGUAUUUGAGUCACUUUCUGGAGGGACUGAGGGGAUUGGUGUCGAUGGUAUCGCCAAAUUGCUUUCACUUGUUGGCUUGACUGAUAUAACAGACAUGCGUGUUGUGUGGGUCUGUUGGAUAUUCAAAAUGAAAGAUUUUAGAAUUGAAAGAAACAAUUACUUCGAUGUGAUGCGGAAAUAUUUGACAUUCGAAAAACUCAAAAAAGCAAUUCCAACUCAACCGUUGAGCGAUCCGCAAACAUUUUCGACACUUUUUGUGUUUUCUUUUUCGAGCAACUUGGAUAUUGGCGAGAAGCGCCUUCCUUUAGACACAGCAGUGGAUUUGUUGCAUCAAUUUUAUCCACAACCAAAUACAAGAAUCGACCAAUUUGUCAAUUAUUUAACUACAACGAACAGACCAAAUUUGACAAAAGAUGAGUGGUCAAGCAUUUUGCAUUUGAUGAAAGAAGUCAAACCGGAUUAUUCAAAUUAUGACAUGGACUCAUCUUGGCCGAUACUGUUCGACGACUUUGUCAAGUCUUUGGGAAAGGAAUGUAAGAAUUGA